AAUUAAGCACUGACGGAGGAAAGAGAGGGAGGGGUAUGCUAAAUAAACAUAUCUAUUUAUCUCUUUCAGCUAAUGCAGUCUCUCAGGGCAUGUGCCGGGCCUCACAUGCAGACUGAGUGUGUGUGUGUCUGUAUGUGUGUAAGAGAAGAAGUACUUCAGAAACCGAGAACCCGAAUUUGGAUUAUUAAACAUAUUUAAAUGUACCGAGGACACACAAAAUUUAAUAUUUUCAUCCAAUGGAAUCUGUUUUCAUAAAGCACCCAGUAUGAGGCUUUUCUGGACCUUUCUGGAUUUCCUCUGGACUAUUACUGAUCUCCGAGAACAGAACUGGGGAGACUGACAGUGGUGAAUAUAGGAUGGGUUGUGCUUGUAGUGACCAGAAACAUCACAAAGACUCCAAAGGGCAUGAAAGUUAUAAUUCAUCAAACUCUAACAAAUUUCAUUUGGCAAGAGAUCCCAGGAAGCAGAACAACAAUCUAGAUGAAGAUAUUGUUGUUGCUCAAUAUGACUUCCAGCCUGCUAGUGAGAGGGAUCUUCAGUUUAAAAAAGGCGACAGACUCAAGAUUAUUAAAGAGACUGGUGAAUGGUGGUUGGCGAAGUCCUUGGUCACUGGUUAUGAGGGAUAUAUCCCGUCUACCUAUGUGGCAAGAGCACACACACUGGAGGUGGAGAGAUGGUUUUUCAAGGACAUGAGUCGCAGAGACACAGAGCGUCUUCUGCUGGCACCAGGAAACAAACUUGGGGCAUUUCUUGUGAGAGAAAGUGAAACAACCAAAGGUGCUUUCUCUCUGUCUAUAAGAGACUCCAACCCAGAGCAAGGUGAUGUAGUCAAGCAUUAUAAGAUCCGAGCCCUUGAUAACGGUGGUUACUACAUCUCUCCCAACACGACCUUUUCUUCUCUUCAAGAACUAGUAAAGUAUUACUCCAGGACGGCGGAUGGUUUAUGCCAGAGGCUUGGGAGUCCAUGCAAAACUGAUGCCCCUCAGAGGCCCUGGGCUCAAGAUGAGUGGGAGAUUCCCAGAGAGACUCUGAAAAUGGUGAAAAAACUUGGUGCCGGCCAAUUUGGGGAAGUGUGGAUGGGAUACUACAAAAACUCCCAGAAAGUCGCCAUCAAGACUUUGAAGGAAGGCACCAUGGAGCCAGAGGCUUUCUUACAGGAGGCUAAUCUGAUGAAGCAGCUCCAGCACGAGAGACUGGUCAAACUGCACGCUGUAGUCACCAAAGAACCCAUAUAUAUCAUCACAGAAUACAUGGCUCACGGAAGCUUGUUAGACUUUCUGAAGACGGAUGAUGGCCAUAAAUUAAUACUUCCCAAGCUGAUUGAUAUGUCUGCUCAAAUCGCAGAGGGAAUGGCUUUCAUAGAAAGGAGAAACUACAUUCACAGAGACCUGCGCGCCGCCAAUAUUCUGGUCUCUGAGUCCCUGCACUGUAAAAUAGCAGACUUUGGCCUUGCCAGGAUCAUUGAAUCUGAAUACACGGCACAAGAAGGCGCAAAGUUCCCUAUUAAGUGGACGGCCCCUGAGGCCAUCAACUUCGGUACUUUCACCAUCAAGUCAGAUGUGUGGUCCUUCGGAGUUCUUUUGACGGAGAUCGUCACAUACGGCAGAGUACCGUAUCCAGGCAUGACGAAUCCAGAGGUGAUCCGUAACCUUGACAAGAACUACAGGAUGCCGUGUCCGGAUGGAUGUCCAGAGGAGCUUUAUGACGUCAUGCUGAAGUGCUGGAAGGAUAGGCCAGAGGACAGGCCCACCUUUGACCACCUACAGGACACACUCAAUGACUUUUUCAUUGCUACUGAGGGCCAGUACGAGAUGCAACCAUAACUUCAAUGCAGAACCAAUAGAUGAAAACUGAGGGGAUGAACAAAAACACAAGGAAUGAUAGGAUGGACUGAACUCCGAACCAAAAAUUUGGAUUACGGGGAAUAUACUAAAGCAACAAUUAUGUAUAUACGUUUUUUUUUUUACAUUUACUGUAUGCAAGUAGUUUUUUCUUAGGUUUGUUUUAUCUUGUGGGCUUCGUAAGGUAUUUCUGAAUUCUUUAAAGGUAAGUGUGCACUUUUUUAGAUAAGUUAUUUUCUUCUAUUAUUGCUGUACGUACGCCGACAACCGUGUAACGUUUGUUUGAUUCCCUUGAAAGACUAUGGCUUUGUGCUGCUGCCACACGCUCUGUUUGUUUGAGCAUUUGACCAGCCCAGUACAACGUUAUUGGCCUAAAAAAAUGGUAUGAGAUAGCAGUUAUCCCACCAAUUGGAAGACCAGGGGAGCGUUUUACCAAUCAUUAUUUAUGCACUUAAAUUAGUUAUUUUUUCAUAGAAAUUUCGCACCUCUCUGCUAAAGCUUUUGGAAAACGCAGAGCUAUACUCUCAGAGUGUGUGACACACAUAGGUUUUUAACAGCAAGGAAACAAGAUCCUCUUGUAUCUUAUUCAGAUACUGAAAUCAGACCAUGCACAGAUAUUAAACAUUAUUUCUGCACAUUA